CGGGCCACGGUGCCGGGGGAAGGGAUGACUCUGGACUCCAUGAUGGCCUGCUGCCUGAGUGAGGAGGUGAAGGAGUCCAAGAGAAUCAACGCUGAAAUCGAAAAGCAACUGAAGAGAGAUAAAAGAGACGCAAGACGGGAGCUCAAAUUGCUGCUUCUCGGUACAGGAGAAAGUGGGAAAAGCACUUUUAUCAAACAGAUGAGGAUAAUUGAUGGCUCGGGUUAUUCAGAGGAAGAUCAGAAUAUCUUCACUUCCAUGCAGUCCAUGAUUCGAGCCAUGGAGACAUUAAAAAUUCUUUACAAGUUUGAGCAAAAUAAGGCCAAUGCCCUGCUGGUGCGUGAAGUUGAUGUAGAAAAAAUUUGCUCCUUCGAACAGCCAUAUGUGACUGCCAUUAUAAACCUGUGGAAUGACCCAGGGAUCCAGGAGUGCUAUGACCGGCGGAGGGAAUACCAACUAUCAGACUCCACCAAGUAUUACCUCUCCGAUGUUGACCGUAUUGCCAUUCCGGGUUACCUGCCCACGCAACAGGAUGUGCUGCGUGUCAUAGUGCCAACCACGGGUAUCAUAGAAUAUCCUUUUGACCUGGAGAACAUAAUCUUCAGAAUGGUGGAUGUUGGGGGUCAGAGAUCAGAGAGAAGAAAAUGGAUUCACUGUUUUGAGAAUGUCACAUCAAUCAUGUUCCUUGUAGCGCUUAGUGAAUACGACCAGGUUCUUGUUGAGUCUGAUAAUGAGAACCGCAUGGAGGAGAGCAAAGCCUUGUUUAGAACCAUCAUCACGUACCCCUGGUUUCAGAAUUCCUCUGUUAUCCUCUUUCUAAACAAAAAGGACCUGCUGGAGGAUAAGAUCAUGUACUCCCACCUUGUAGACUACUUUCCAGAGUUUGAUGGUCCUCAGAGGGAUGCCACAACGGCCCGGGAGUUCAUCUUGAAGAUGUUUGUAGACCUGAAUCCUGACAGCGACAAGAUUAUCUACUCUCAUUUCACCUGCGCCACAGACACUGAAAACAUCCGCUUUGUCUUUGCUGACCUGCUGGAGGAUAAGAUCAUGUACUCCCACCUUGUAGACUACUUUCCAGAGUUUGAUGGUCCUCAGAGGGAUGCCACAACGGCCCGGGAGUUCAUCUUGAAGAUGUUUGUAGACCUGAAUCCUGACAGCGACAAGAUUAUCUACUCUCAUUUCACCUGCGCCCCAGACACUGAAAACAUCCGCUUUGUCUUUGCUGUAGGGGGUGGAAGAUAA